CAAAUCUCAGCUCUUGUUCUAAAGGGUACCUACCACGUGGUGCAUUAGAAAACAAUUCUCACAUAAAUUUUUUGACCUUGAUACUAUAUCUUUGACCCAGUCAGGUCCCCACGGAGUGAGGGUGCUGUCAUGGAUAGAGUGAAAAAUACCCAACCUUUGGUAUCAUAUGUAAGGAGUGGUUGUUGACCAUUAUAUUCAGUUCUGAAACUGAGACCAAAUAAUAACUAUUUGAGUGAUACAUUGUUAAUCCAUAAAAACUCUGCUGUAGUUUUAAGGAGCUAAUGUAUCAGCUUUCUGACUAGAAUCCUGGCUCUUUGGUAUGAUUAUUGCCAAAUUUACAGCCAGCGGGGGGAGUCAAGGUACUAAAAAUUCUCAAUAGGAGAAAGAAAAAAAAUUAUCCAGUACCAGUACCUGAAUAAGCAGAAAAUCGAUUAGAAGCUGAAGGACAGCCUAUGGUUUCAAACAAAGACUGGUCUGCAGUAUCUUGAUCUGGGUCAUUCCUGGCAAAUAAAACUAUGUACUUUUAAUAUAUCUUAAUCUUUUUGUUACUAAGCUCUCUUUGAUAUAAAUUAAAAUCAAGAUUUUAAUUCAAGUCAAAGUCAAAAAUUAAUUUUAACCACACAUUUCGUAGGACCCGCAACAUUUCAACCACAUAUUUCAUCAACUUCUAUUAAAAUGUACAAACAAAUCUUAUUUUAAUUCCUACCAAAAAGGAGCUAAGGUAUUGUUUAGCUAUAUUUUCCUAUGUAGGUUCUUUUCUGGUCAAUUUUGACAUGGUGUUGGUUUACUUUUUCAUGCAUGUGGAUUUAUAUAGGGAUAGUAGGAAGAAAGCUAUCUUUAUAUGAAUUCAAUAUUACUUGAAGGUAACCUUACUGUAAGUUGGUGUUGCUGUUUUAUCUUCAAGGUUAAAAAAUUUGGAAAACAAUAAAUACACAAAGAAAAUGGAAGAAAUGGAAACUAUGGACAACCCAUUUAUUUAGGGUCAGCUCUUGCCUACAUUUGGCAGCUGUUGGUGGAAUCGUUGUGGGGAAAAUAUGGAAAAAUUUGGUCCAAAUCAGAGACUUCAUUCCAUUCAUUCCUCUCAACAUUUUUAUUUAGGAGGUUCAGCUCUUGUCUUCAUUGGGCAGCUGUUUACGGAAUCUUUCUGGGGAAGUAUGAAGAAACUUGAUCUGAAUCGGUGUCCUGAUUCUAUUAAUUCCUCUUUUGUAUGUACCAGUGCCCAUGGCAGCACACACCAAGAGACAGAAACACAUUUGUUUUGUUUUCAUGUCAUAGUCCUUUUAACACAUAUGGAUGCAACUUUGUAAACAACUUAUGGCACAACAUGGUUGAUAUUCUUAAUCUAUUUAAUUCCCCCUUUUUUUCUUUUUCUUUUUCUUUUUUUUUUUUGCAUUUAAGGAUGGAUUCUUCUGAUGUACAAGCUUCACAUGAUCUGACUCAGAACAAUUUCGGAAAAACUGUUGUAUUACUGGAUGAGGACCCAGAGGUUUCGGAUGUAAUUUCACAAGACAAAGUCGAUGAACGCAUCAAAGAGACCAGGAUAUACUAUCCCUCAAGGGAUGAUCCAGAGGCAGUUGAAAUUGGUUAUUCAGACAUGGAAUGCCUUGCUCCGGAGUCGUAUUUGUCAUCAAUCAUAAUGAAUUUUUACAUCAGGUAUUUGCAGAAGUCAAUAUCUCCGACAUGCUCUGAAAGUGACUAUUAUCAUUUUUUUAACACGUACUUUUACAAAAAGUUGAAACAGGAUGUCCUGGCCAAGAAUGACAAGGAAACUUCAUUUGUCAAAUUCAGAAGGUGGUGGAAAGGUGUCAAUUUAUUUGAGAAGGCUUAUAUAUUUCUACCUGUUCAUGAAGAGUAAGUAGUAUAGUCAAUUAU